AUAAACAGGCCUCCACAAGUGGAAAAACACUUAACCCCUGUACUUGUCACACUCUGGGUCCUCUCAGUGGCCAGAGAACAGAAAGAAAAUCUGACUGUGGAUGGGCAAAGGGUGACACCGGGAGCACAGCACCAGCCUGAAGGCGCCUCUUCAGGGGGAGCCCGAAAUUUGAAGAUUAUCUUUCCUGGUGGAGACUCCAAACCAAAUAAAUAGAAAAAAAUAUCCAAGAUGACUGUCACUUACUCCAGUAAAGUAGCAAAUGCAACUUUUUUUGGAUUUCAUAGGUUACUCUUCAAGUGGAGAGGCAGCAUCUACAAACUACUGUACAGGGAAUUUAUUGUCUUUGCUGUUCUUUACACAGCAAUAAGUUUGGUGUACAGAUUGUUACUUACAGGAGCCCAAAAACAUUACUUUGAAAAAUUAUCAAUUUACUGUGACAGAUAUGCUGAACAAAUUCCAGUAACCUUUGUGCUUGGGUUUUAUGUUACUCUGGUAGUGAACCGAUGGUGGAACCAGUUUGUGAAUCUGCCCUGGCCAGACAGGCUGAUGUUCCUCAUCUCCAGCAGUGUUCACGGAAGGGACGAGCACGGGCGCCUGCUGAGAAGGACGCUGAUGCGCUAUGUCAAUCUCACCUCCCUGCUCAUCUUCCGCUCGGUGAGCACUGCUGUGUACAAAAGGUUUCCCACAAUGGACCACGUGGUUGAAGCAGGUUUUAUGACAGCAGAUGAAAGGAAAUUAUUCAACCACCUCAAAUCUCCUCAUCUGAAAUAUUGGGUUCCAUUCAUCUGGUUUGGAAAUCUUGCAACUAAAGCCCGGAAUGAAGGUAGAAUCAGAGACAGUGUUGAUCUGCAAUCAUUGAUGACUGAAAUGAAUCGAUUCCGCUCUUGGUGCAGCCUCUUAUUCGGUUAUGACUGGGUUGGGAUUCCACUGGUUUACACCCAGGUUGUCACUCUUGCUGUCUAUACCUUCUUCUUUACGUGCCUGAUUGGACGCCAGUUUUUGGAUCCCACCAAAGGCUACGCAGGGCAUGACUUGGAUCUUUACAUUCCAAUCUUCACCCUCCUACAAUUCUUCUUCUAUGCAGGAUGGCUCAAGGUAGCUGAGCAGCUUAUCAACCCUUUUGGAGAAGAUGACGAUGAUUUUGAAACUAAUUGGUGCAUUGACAGAAAUUUGCAGCUUCUGCUGUCAUAUUGGGAAUCGUGGCUAUCAGAGAAAGGAGAUGAACAUUGUGUGUUGGCAAUGAGAUCUUCCAUGGAAGCAUUUAGAAGAAAUGUUAUUAGGCUGUCUGGGUCCGAUUUUCCUGAUGAGGAGUGGCUGUGGGAUUAUGAGAAGCAUGGCCAUCGGCAUUCCGUGAUAAGAAGAGUCAAGCGGUUCCUGAGUGCCCACGAACACCCCUCCAGCCCCAGAAGAAGAAGCUAUGGGAGGCAGACGAGUGACAGUUCCAUGUUCUUACCCCGAGAUGACCUCAGUCCAGCCAGCGAUCUACUGGAUGUGCCCUCAAGAAAUCCCCACAGGACCUCACCCACCUGGAAGAAAUCCUACUUCCCAGAAGGAAGCCCCACGCUGCACUCCAGCAUAGGAGAGCUGUCCACCAUCAGGGAGACCAGCCAGACAAGCACUUUACAGAGCCUGACCCCACAGUCCAGUGUGAGAACCUCCCCCAUCAAAAUGCCCACAGUGCCUGAGGUAUUGGUCACAGCUGCCGAAGCAAUAGAGUCCACAUCAGACGGCUACCACCAUGACUCCGCUACAUCCAUCUUGAGCUCUGAGUUUACAGGGGUUGAGCCAAGCAAGACUGAGCAGCAGCAGGGCCCAGUGAGAUCCAUCCUGUCCCCUUUAGAGAAGGGGACACCUCCUAGAGGCCCCAGUCCCCAGACUGUUUCAGCCAGCACUGAGGGAAACAUAUUCAAGUGUGAAGGAGACCCUGGUGAUACCUUUCUAAAAAGGUGGAGCCUUCUGGAAUUCCUGGAGUCCAGCCACACCUCCCUGGGAAACCUAAGUCCAGACCCCACGAGCUCUCAGCCAGCUCUUUUAGUUGACACAGAAACAUCCUCAGAGAUCAGUGGGAUCAACAUUGUGGCGGGCUCUCGAGUCUCUCCUGAUAUGCUGUAUUUAAUGGAAAACCUGGACACCAAGGAAACAGAUAUCAUAGAGCUGAACAACAAGGAAACUGAGGAACCACCCAAAUGAGUGUCACAGAGUUCUAGGACCUGGUUCUAGCCUAGAUUCUUAUCUCCACAAAAGCAGCAUUAAUCCCAGGACAUACCUGAAGGCUGGUCAACGUUUCUAAAACAUGAUCAUACUGUAUAAGCUACUGAGAACUUUGAAGGGCAUUAUGAUCCUGACUUUUCAAGAACUGCAAAAAAUCAAACACAUUCGCGUCAUCCAUCACAACAUGGCUUUCAUCAGAAGUUACACAAACCACAAUGACUUAAUCAAAUAAGUCUUAACCAAAUAAGGAAUCUGGAAAAUAUACAUGACUUAUAAAUUCAUAGAUUAUUAGCUGUGAAAGAGUCUCAUAGACCAUAGUCCAAUCCCCUAGACCUAAAGGUCCAGACACACAGGAUUCUCUAUUUCUCUUCUUUUUCUUUUUCUUUAGCCAUAAAGAAAGGAGAUGGAUAAAAAAAAAAAAAGAAGAAAAAAAGAAAGAAAGAAAGGAGAUGCAUCACAUAAAUCACAUAAUGGCUGAAACACCCCCUCCUUCCUUUUUUGUUUGAGGCUUUCUAACCUUCUCAUUCCUACUCUCUAUAACUAUUAUUAUCAUUAUCAUUUCCCAAUUUUUAAGCUUUAUCAGCACCAGAACAUUUCAUUCUCUUCAAUUUCCUUUUCUACUUUUCUUUCUUUCCCCUUUAUUCUGUCAUCCAUUUUUUCUUUUCCCUUCUAUCUGGUUGUGCUUCUUUUCUAGUGACUCUAAUCUGUCCCAUUUUUCAGGUUAGAAUAUUUCUUCUUGCCAAAUCUGUUGCUUGCAUCUUGCCAUGAAUUUCAAAAUAUAAGACACUGGCAAAGCCUCCUACAGAAUCAUCAAAGUGUCAACAAAGCCAACCUGAUACCCUUCCAGCCUCACUUCCCGUGGAAGGCAUAUAGGAGUGAUGGUUCUCCCCAUGCCCUUCCAGCCACUGCCAUUUCUUUCUGCUUCCACUCUUUGGUCUUGGGCACUGAGAAAAAGGAAGCCAAGAGAAUGUGAAACUUACAUAGCCAAAUGCUAUGGAACCAAUGAAUAAGAUGGCUCGCACCUGUUUAACUCGAACUCUUAUGCAAAAAUCCCAAUCAUGUUGCAACAUGGGACCAGUUACUGUGUCUAUCAGGUCAUUUGGGAAUGAGAUAGGAUACUGGAGCUGGGUGGCUAAUGGGGUACAGGGCUGCAUAAUGGGGAUCAGAUGUUGGCUAAGUCCUCCCAGGGAGCUCACGGGACAGCUGUUUGUCAUGGGCUCCCAAGUGCCUGGAGGGCCAUGCCUUAGGAUUGCUGCCCUUACCAUUUGUCAUAUGAUGACACUUAACUACAUAUGGCUUUAGAAAUAAAAGAACCCUCAUAACCACCA